AUCUGUGACUCUGUGAGAGUAGACAAUUAAAAAAAAAAAAAAAAAUCUCAAAUAUCAAAAGAAGAAAGCUUUUUUACUCUCUUGCAGAUGAUAAAGGAAUCAGCUUCUUCUUCCUCACUCCUCACACUCCAAACCAAUGGGAUUCGAGAGCUCUUCAUCAGCCGCAAGCAACAUGAAACAACCACGAAAGUCCAACACAGCUCAACAAUACUCCGUCGACGCCGGCCUCUUAGCCGACUUCGACCACUCAGUCAACUCCGGCAAGUCCUUCAACUACUCCAAGUCCAUGAUCUCCCCUCCCAACAACGUCCCCGACGAGCGCAUCACCGCCUACCUCUCCAACAUCCAAAGAGGCGGCCUCGUCCAGCCCUUCGGCUGCCUAAUCGCCGUCCAAGAGCCUAGCUUCAGGAUCCUCGGCGUCAGCGACAACUGCAUCGACUUCCUCGGCCUCUCUCUCGCUUCCACCUCUCAACCAAACGAGCUCACCGUCAAGGGUUUGAUCGGAAUCGACGCCAGGUCGCUCUUCACUCCUUCCUCAGGAGCUUCCUUGGCCAAAGCUGCUUCCUUUACUGAAAUCUCGUUGAUGAACCCUGUUUUAGUUCAUUCCAGAACCACCACCACGGCCCAGAAGCCCUUUUACGCUAUCCUUCACAGGAUUGACGCCGGGAUUGUGAUUGAUUUGGAGCCCGCCAAGUCAUCCGACCCGGCUCUGACUCUCGCCGGGGCCGUUCAGUCUCAGAAGCUCGCUGUCAGAGCCAUCUCCAGGCUCCAGUCGCUUCCUGGAGGGGACAUUGGUGCUUUGUGUGAUACCGUUGUGGAAGAUGUCCAGAGGCUCACCGGCUACGACCGUGUGAUGGUCUACCAGUUUCACGAAGAUGAUCACGGCGAAGUUGUUUCAGAGAUCAGACGCUCUGAUCUCGAGCCUUACUUGGGUUUGCACUACCCUGCGACUGAUAUCCCACAAGCUGCACGGUUCUUGUUUAAACAGAACCGUGUAAGAAUGAUCUGUGAUUGUAAUGCCACUCCGGUUAAGGUUGUGCAGAGCGAUGAGCUCAAGAGAUCGCUUUGUUUGGUGAACUCUACACUAAGAGCUCCUCACAGCUGCCAUACUCAGUAUAUGGCUAAUAUGGGUUCUAUUGCAUCUCUCGCGCUUGCUAUUGUGACUAAAACCAAAAACUCCAGCAAGCUCUGGGGGUUAGUGGUGGGCCACCACUGUUCACCUAGAUACGUGCCCUUCCCGUUACGUUACGCUUGCGAGUUUCUGAUGCAAGCGUUUGGACUCCAGCUUCAGAUGGAGCUUCAGUUAGCGUCGCAGCAAGCUGAGAAGAAGGCUAUGAAGACGCAGACUUUGCUGUGCGAUAUGCUUCUCCGUGAUACUGUUUCCGCUAUCGUGACGCAGUCUCCUGGCAUUAUGGACCUCGUGAAGUGCGAUGGAGCGGCGUUGUAUUACAAGGGGAAGUGCUGGCUGGUUGGUGUGACUCCCAGCGAGUCGCAGGUUAAGGACCUGGUGGAUUGGCUGGUGGAGAAUCACGGUGAUGAGUCUACAGGUUUGACUACUGAUAGUUUGGUGGAUGCUGGUUACCCUGGCGCUGUCUCUCUCGGAGAUAAGGUUUGCGGCAUGGCUGCGGCGGGGAUCUCUUUGAAAGACUACUUGAUUUGGUUCAGGUCUAAUACCGCUAGUGCAAUCAAAUGGGGAGGAGCUAAGCAUCACCCCAAGGAUAAGGAUGAUGCGGGAAGGAUGCAUCCGAGGUCGUCUUUUAAAGCCUUUCUUGAAGUUGCAAAGAGCAGGAGCUUGCCGUGGGAAGCCUCUGAGAUCGACGCGAUUCAUUCCCUGCGGGUGAUAAUGAGAGAGUCGUUUACUAUCUCAACGCCUGUUGUGUUGUCGUCUGGUAAUAAUAACGGUGUGGUGGGGAGAGAUGCGAGUGAGCUUACUUCUUUUGUGUGUGAGAUGGUUAGAGUGAUUGAAACCGCGACUGCGCCUAUCUUUGGUGUUGAUUCUAAUGGAUGUGUCAAUGGUUGGAAUAAUAAAACCGCCGAGAUGACGGGGCUGGGAGCUGGUGAAGCUAUGGGUAAGUCGCUUGUUGAUGAGAUUGUUCAGGAGGAGUCACGUGGAGCUCUUGAGAGUGUCUUGUCUAAAGCCUUACGAGGUGAAGAGAAGAAGAACGUAAUGCUUAAACUGAGAAAGUUUGGUAACAAGGAUUCAUCUUCUUCUGAUGUGUGUGUUCUCGUUAACUCAUGCACGAGUAGAGACUAUACGGAGAAAAUAGUCGGUGUCUGCUUCGUUGGUCAAGACAUGACUGGCGAGAAGGCAAUAACGGAUAGGUUCAUCAGACUGCAAGGAGACUACAAGACGAUUGUCCAAAGCUUAAACCCAUUGAUUCCACCUAUAUUCGCAUCUGAUGAGAACGCUCGUUGCUCAGAGUGGAACGCAGCAAUGGAGAAGCUCACCGGGUGGUCGAAGCACGAGGUGAUUGGGAGAAUGCUACCGGGUGAAGUCUUUGGAGAUUUAUGUAAAGUGAAGUGCCAAGAUACACUCACAAAGUUCUUGAUCUCUCUGUACCAAGGCAUUGCUGGUGGUGGUAAUGUUCCAGAGAGUUCGCUUGUUGGUUUCUUUAGUAAAGAAGGGAAGUACAUAGAAGCAUCCUUAACGGCGAACAAGAGUACGAACACGGAAGGGAAAGUCAUAGGAUGUUUCUUCUUCUUGCAGAUUAUCAAUAAAGAAUCGAGUUCUAGCUCACCAGAGGUGAAAGAGAGCGCUCAGAGUUUCAACGAGUUGGCUUACAUAAGGCAAGAGAUCAAGAACCCUCUCAACGGUAUCCGGUUUGCGCAUAAGCUUCUUGAAUCCUCGGAGAUUUCAGAGAACCAGAGGCAGUUUCUGGAGACUAGUAAUGCUUGCGAGAAGCAGAUCGCAACGAUAAUAGAAGACGCUGCCUUGAAAAGCAUUGAGGAAGGCAAGUUGCAACUGGAAACAGAGGAGUUUCGACUUGAGAGCGUUUUGGACACAAUCAUAAGCCAAGUGAUGAUUAUGUUGAGAGAGAGGAAGUCACAACUCAGAGUCGAAGUCUCCCAGGAGAUCAAAACUCUGCCUCUCUAUGGCGACAGAGUAAAGCUUCAGCUCAUUCUUGCUGAUCUUCUGCGCAACAUUGUGAACCAUGCCCCCUUCCCAGAUAGUUGGGUAGGAAUCAAGAUCUCACCAGGCCACAAGCUUGCACGCGACAAUGAUCGCUAUAUCCAUCUACAGUUCAGGAUGAUACAUCCUGGGAAAGGACUUCCUUCAGAGAUGCUAAGUGAUAUGUUCGAGACCCGAGAAGGAUGGGUCACGCCUGAUGGGUUAGGACUAAAGCUUUCAAGGAAACUGCUGGAGCAGAUGAAUGGUCGUGUGAGUUAUGUUAGAGAAGACGAACGUUGUUUCUUUCAAGUGGAUCUUCAAGUUAAGACAAGGUUAGGUGUUGAGACCAUAAGAACAGAGGCUGGUUCAAGCAUAUAGUAGAAACCAUGAGUUACAAAAGCAUAUAUAUAAUAAAAUGUGAUGAAUUUUGAUCCUUCUACGUACGGUCUGAAUGUAAGUGUAUCAUUCAAACAGAGCUUCCAUUAUUUAUUAUCAAUAAGAUGUAUCUCAAAUCA